AUGCCUGAAUCUUCUGCUGCUGUCGCUGGUACGAAACGUAAGAGGCCACCCACGUUUGCACACCUCCCUCGUCAAACAGCAAAAAAGUACAAGAAAGGAUGGGUGGAGAAGGCUAAAAUUAAGAGCAAAUGGAAAGCACAGAAACGCAAAGAAGAUCUGGCGGUCAAGACAAAGUUGGAGAUACCCGUGUACGACGAUGACAAAGGUGACAUUAGGGAAGGCGAUGAGGAUGAGGAAGCAAGUUCGGACACGGCAGAGGAUCUGCAAGGCGCAUCGCCUCUUCCGACAGCACCCCACAUCCACCCUUCCCGAGCACAUAUCCACCCAAAUCUUCCUGUUAAACAUGCCAAAGCCGAACCUUCACCGGAGUCGAGACCCGACAAGAAGCGAAGAAAGUCGAAAGAGGAAUCAGAGGAAGCUGAUCAGGCGCCGUCCGUGAGGGAGUUAAUGAGGGAGGCCUAUUCUCGGUCAAGCUUGCACACUUUCAAAUCUGAUCCACUGAAGAAGGGAGGCGAAGGCGGUGGAGGUAGAGGAAGAGGAAGAGGGCAAGGCGAACGAGGAAGAGGACAGCCCAACAUGAAGCUUCGAAUGAACGCGAUGCUCGCAAAAAUCAAGCAGGACUACGCCUGA